AUGGACUUCAACUCCAGAUUGGUGGGGACAGGCCAAUGGACCCGGCCACAAGAGGAAGCCUGGGAAAGCCCACCAGAGGAGGACAUCCCAAGCAAUGUUCGAAGCCCGAGCCACAAGGAUGAUGCCUCCAAUGCAGAUGCCGAGACCAGAGACUGGGGGAACCAAGGAUGGUCCCGGCCAAGUUGGGGUUGGAGCUGGGAUGGUUGGGAUCGUUGGAGACCUUGGAGCUGGAAAAGCGCUUGGGGCUGGGGUGGAUGGGGCGGCUGGGACCGUGGCUGGGGGUGGGGUAACUGGGGCUGGGGGGGCUGGUCUGGUGACUCCUGGCGGCGUAAUGAUGGCUGGAGCUGGGACCGUGACCGUGGCUGGAAGGAACCGGAACCGGGGCGAUGGAACUGGUGGCAAGAGAGGGAUGCACAAGGGCAAUGGUGGAACCAACGAGAGGGGCAGGGCUGGUGGUCACACAACUCUGAAGUUCCGGAAGCGGGGCGCGAAGAACGAGAAAGAUGGGAGCCGGAGGCCCCGGCUGUGGAAGACGAGCUGGAAAGUACCACGGAGCAGAACCAGGGCGUCCGCGCAUUUGCUGCUGAAAUGACUGCAGAGCAGCGGGAGCACGAGGAGCCGCUUCCGGGGCCGCCUGAGCCCUUCUUAGGCGAGUCAGGUGGCAACAUCCGACUGCCAAGUAUUCCUGAGCAACCCACCCUGGAGGAGGCGAGCCCCAGCGCAGCUCCAGUUGAGGAUCAACCAUUGCACGCCCAUGAGAAUGAAGAGUGGUACCAGAAGUGGCUGCGGCGACAGCGCAAUCAGCCCAGCCAUACAGUGGAGAUAGGUGCCCCGCCGGCAGCCGCUUCUUCCGCUCCACCGUCUGCGGCGCCUUUGCGGCCCGACGCGGCGUCGGCGUCCUCAGCGUCGGCGGCAGAGGCGGCCGAGACCAUUGAUCCAUCCGAGGAGCAGAGGGUGUGUCCGGAUGAUGGCAAGACGUAUACCUUUUCGGAACUCCAAGAGGCGUACAAAGGCGAGUACUCGGAGGAGGAUUUGAAAGGCUACUGGAGAGACGCCAUGAUCCUUCCGGGCGGCGAGAAGGUGGCUGAAACUUCGAAGGAAGACUACAAACAAGAGGAAUGGUACCAGAAGUGGCUCCGCAGGCAGCAGAACAAAAAUCGACAGAUCAUCGAAAUUGGUUAAGUGGCUGGGCCCAAGGUGGCCCGUGGCGCAGAAUUUUAGGGCGGAGCGCGGACCCGAAGCCCAAUCCCUUCCCGUUCCCCCUGCUUUGGUG